UCUUAGUUUAUAAGAACUGUUGCCAACGAUUUUGCAACGUAUUCAGCAGAUACUCUUCGUCGGAGGAGGACGUGUAGUACAAAGAUUCAUAUCAAAAAAAUAUGCUUAUGGAAAUUAAUCAAAUUCAUAACCAGAAAAACGUUAUCCCAGAUUUUUUAAAGAAGAAAUUUCAAUUGGCAGAAAGAAUGGAUUUUCUAGAAGGAGCAAGUUUACGUCGAUCGAAGAAAACAAGACGGGGCAAGAAAAAGAACAGGAACUUGCGAGAUACUCACGAGGUUAGUGAAAUAAAAGGAAAUCUGGAAAAUUGUCUAAGCUGCGAAAGACUCUCUCCUUACGAUGGAGAUUCAGAGGGCAUGUCACCAGUGAAAAAAUAUCGGCAGCGACAGGCCAAAGGUAACCGAAGGCGCCAAACCAUUUUGAGGCCUAGAUAUAGCCCUAAAGCUCCCCACAACUCGACACAGUUUUUGAUGGAUGAUCAUUUUACAUACAGUUGCGAGUUUCUUGGUUUUGAGUCCCCUGACCCCUGGGGUCAGCGCCUUCACUAUUCAGACGACUCAGAUGCGUCCAUUGUUGAACCGCCCGAGCCAGCAGACGAUUCUUUGUUAUUCCAGAUGGACGACUUGAAUGAUUCUAUAAAUAGUGCUGAUCAGGAUACCAAGGCUUUUAUGGAGAAAGACUUUGAAGAUGCUUACAAUUCUAUUCAGAUUGAUGAGGCUUCUCGUCUGAGCAAAUCAGAACUUAUUUCAGCUAUUUGUUCAAUGGAAUCCAAAGCCGAACUUUUGGAAAAAGAAUUGGAAUGUUCCCCUACCAGUGUUCAGUUUACUGAAGUGAAAACCAGACGCCAAAGGAAAAAGGGAGUGAUAAACCAACUCAAAAGGGAAAAUCUCAAUCUUCAAAGGGAAAACGACCAGUUGAAAAGAAUGUUACUUGCUGUAUCUUGUAGCUAAAAAUAAUGUUUAAAAAAUGAAAUUCAUUAUGAACUAGUGCUGUAUUGAAUGUUGACUUUUUAUAACAGCUCAGCUGUGCAUAAAGAAAAAAAAACCUCAAAAUCCAGAACAAUUUAAAAAUUAUCUUUUAAUCCAAUUCUAUGUACCUUUUAAGAAACUAUUAAAUUGUGUUUUAUCCAUGUAUUGAGUGUAUUCCAUUCUAAUGCCUAUAAGUUUUAUUUUUCAGUCGAGGCCACAUCCAAUCUAAGGGAACACUGUACCAAGGUGGCCAAAGGGGCCCCCUAAAGGGUGCAGUACAGCCUCAAUCUAACCCAAGCCCAGGACGUAAAUCCAAGCAUUUAUUGCACCUCCUUGCUGUGUGGACAACCAUCAUCUUGCAAGCUUGGACACCUCCAGCACUGAAUGACUGGAAUUUGCUGUCCCGCGAUGAACAGAUUCGUCGAGAACAGUAACACACUCUUGGAGGCUCUCCAACAUUUCCUGUCCUGCUGUUGCUAUUGAAAGAUAAAUAAGUUGCAUUUACCUAAUAUUUAAUUGUAUUAUUAAUUUUUUUCCAGGUUUGAAUUUAAUACAGGUUAGUAUAUAUGUUUUGCCAGCAGAAACCUUAACAUGAACUUUCAAUGAAAAAGAUACUUCAUUGCUAAGAUUUUUCUUUGGAUGAAAUACUCAUAUUGAAGAAUUCAAUAAAUGAUGAAAAUGAA